UGAAAAAAAGUAAAAAACAACACUAUUUUUUGGAACUCCAUCUUUUGAGACAACGAAGGGAGAGAUGACAACAAUAAAUGAGCUACUUCGGCACAGAAUGCUCAGUUUCUCAGACACCCACGCUGUCUCAUACUAGCAGAACGAGAAUGAUGAAGAAGCAACUAGCUGUGAUUUUGCUGAUUGGGUUGUUGGCAUGGGCAUAUAAGGCCUUAACCCCUCCAUCUCCCACAACUUGUGGCUCCCCAGGUGGCCCUCCCAUUACCGGACCCAGAAUAGAACUGAGGGAUGGAAGAUAUCUGGCCUAUAAGGAGCAUGGUGUACCAAAAGACAAAGCUCAAUACAAGAUUGUUUUCAUCCACUGCUAUGACUGCAACAGACAUCAGGCAUCAAUUGCAACACAAGUAUCUCCUGAGGUAAUGAAGGAACUGGGGGUCUAUGUUCUGUCCUUUGAUAGACCAGGUUAUGGAGAAAGCGAUCCAGAUCCAAAGCGAACGGUGAAAAGCUUGGCUUUGGAUGUAGAGGAGCUUGCUGAUCAGCUGGAACUUGGAACCAAGUUUUAUGUUGUUGGGUUUUCUAUGGGAGGCCAGGCCGUUUGGGGAGUCCUCAAGCAUAUCCCUCAUAGGUUAGCAGGAGCAGCGUUAAUCGCUCCGGUUGUCAACUUCUGGUGGCAUCUCUUUCCUGCUAGCUUAUCUAAAGAAGUCUUCGACAAACAGCUACUGCAAGACAGAUGGACCCUAAGUGUUAGUCACUAUACGCCAUGGCUCACGUACUGGUGGAACACUCAGAAAAUGUUUCCUGCAUCAUCUGUUACAGUGAGAGAGCCCCGCGCUUUCUCUUCCGAUGAUAAUGAAAUCCUUUCUAGGAUCUACAUGGAGGAUCAGCAUCAGACACAGACAAGACAACAAGGGGAUUUUGAGACCAUCCAUCGCGAUCUAAUGGUUGGAUUUGGUAAAUGGGAUUUCGAUCCUACAGAAAUCAAGAAUCCAUUUCCUAAUAAUGAAGGGUCAGUUCAUCUCUGGCAAGGCAAUGAGGAUUUUAUUGUGCCUACCGCACUACAACGCAGUAUUGCAGAAAGGCUUCCAUGGAUACAUUACCAUGAGUGCCCUCCCAUUACAGCACCCAGAAUAAAGCUCAGGGAUGGAAGACAUUUAGCCUAUAAGGAGCAUGGUGUAUCGAAACAAAUCGCAAAGUAUAAGAUAAUAUUCAUUCACGGCCUUGAUCUUUGUAUGCAUGAUGAAGUGAUUGUGUCAAGAUCAUCUACAGAAGUAAUUGAGGAAUUAGGAGUCUAUGUUGUAUCUUUCGAUAGACCAGGUUACGGGGAAAGUGAUCCCGAUCCAAAGAGAACUGCAAUGAGUUUUGCAUUGGAUGUUGAAGAGUUGGCGGAUCAAUUGGGACUCGGAUCCAAAUUUUAUGUGAUUGGGUAUUCAAUGGGAGGUCAGCUUUUAUGGGACUGCCUCAAGUAUAUUCCCCAUAGGUUAGCCGGAGCAACACUAAUGGCUCCGGCUGUAAACUACUGGUGGCCUGGCUUUCCUUCUAACUUAUCUAAAGAAGCCUUCAAUGGAUUGCUGCCACAAGACCAAUGGGCGCUUCGUGUUGCUCAUUAUACUCCAUGCUUAACUUACUGGUGGAACACUCAGAGAUGGUUUCCUCCGUUCGCGAUUACAGCUAAAAAUAUAGGAGUGCUCUCUCGCCAAGAUGUAGAAAUCGUAUCCACAUUUCCCAAAGAAAACCUUCACCAGGCAUAUGUAAGGCAGCAAGGAGAUUUCGAGUCCAUACACAGGGACCUGAAGAUUGGAUGGGCGAAACCAGAAUACGAUCCCCUGGACCUCGAGAACCCUUUUCCCAAUAAUGAAGUCCCAGUGCACAUAUGGCAGGGUGACGAAGAUUUUAGACUCGUCCCACCUCUACUGCAACGCUAUGUUGCCAAAAGGCUUCCAUGGAUCCAUUACCAUGAGCUAAAAGGUGCUGGACACUUUUUCCCGUAUCGCAGUGAACUGAGUGAAGCUAUGCUGAAGACACUUUUACUUGGGGAAGAUGCAGCUUCAUUUUGAAGUUCUUAACUUAGACAACUCAGUUGAUUGUUUUCAUGCUGUAUUGGAUUUCGAUUUCAAUUUUCCUGAAGAAAAAAAAAAUUGUGUUUUCAAUUCAUGUUCCUAUGUUUUAGUUCAACUGUCUAGUUUUAACCUUCAAGUGCAAUAAGGCUAUUUAGACCAGUUUUUAGUAGGUUUGAUUGAUUGACAUCAUUUUGCUGUGCAUGCUACUUAAAACAUGUGAUGGUGAUUUCAGAUUUGAUCUCUUGCGCUAUGGGAUC